CAAUUGUACAUUCUUAUUUAUUUAUUCCUUAAAUGUUAUUUAUAACUUUACACAUAUCCCAUUGUCACAUAGACAUGAAACUUUGUAAGACGUUAACAUACUUGUACUCGCUCUGUGAACUUUUAUGAAAGGGAAACGAAUGAAAGGUAGUAAGAAACGAUGGAGUUCGCUUCAAGGAACAAGAAGGCGAAGGAUGAAAAAGAGGACUAGAUGGACGGGUUGGGGAUCGAGGAGCGCGAGGGCGAGAGAACAGCGAGUCAUUGUGCUGGUACACCAGGCACUGGGAGACACACUCAAGACACAUUAACGCAUUCACACGCUGACACGAACGCGCACAUAAGCGCAUGCUUCUGCCCACCGCAACACAGACCCGAGCUGGCAUCCCAGAGGGCAGCACUUCACUCUCAAACAUACAACCCAAGUGACAAUAACCCAAGCUGAGCCUCUCCUGAGGUCUAAAUCUGUAGGUUUCACCUCCAUCGCAGGUUUAUGGCAUUUCAGGUCAAGCUCUGUUUCCAGAUCGAAGGAACCCAACACAAGAAGAUAGAGGAUUAGCAGAUGAGUGGCUGUGGAAGGAGUUAAACUUCAGGGACGUUAUUGUCGUCAAUCAGGUCCACUUGCCAGUCUACUACGCUGUUUCUUUAUUGGAACUCACUUACGAAGAAAGGGAAAGGACUUUGUCUUCGCGCUUCUCGCUGACCUUGAAGUGUAUCGAAGGUUUCUGUCUGUGCCAUCCAUUGGACUCUUCCAAGUGAUCAUUCUUGGAAAAGAUUCAUCAUGGCAAACACCGGCAUGCAGCUGCUCGGCCUGGUCCUGUCCAUCAUCGGCUGGGUUGCCGGGUUCUUGGUGUGCACCCUUCCCAUGUGGAGGGUCACUGCCUUUAUCGGGAACAACAUUGUAACGGCGCAGAUCACAUGCGAGGGCCUGUGGAUGAAUUGCAUCUGGCAGAGCACAGGGGAGAUUCAAUGCAAGGUGUAUGACAGCCUGCUGGCUCUUCCGAGUGACAUGAAGGCCGCCCGGGGUCUUACGGUUCUCGCUUUGCUCAUCUGCUCCCUGUCGCUCACGCUGGGUGUUCUGGGUAUCAAGUGCACCCAGUGCGUCGGCCUCCCAAGCCUCAAGGCUCGUUUGGCCCGCGUGUCGGGCAUGCUCUUUGUCAUCGCAGGGUUCCUCAUCCUCGUGCCCGUCAGCUGGACGGCCCAUUCCAUCAUUAAGGAUUUCUAUGACCCCUAUGUGGCGGCCCCUCACAAACGUGAGCUCGGCCCCGCACUCUACCUGGGCUGGGGGGGUUCGGCUUUGCUGUUGAUUGGUGGAUCGCUCCUCUACGCAGGGUCCAAUCCCCCCGGGAUUCCCUCCUCUCCUACGUUUAGCAGCGGCGACAGCAGCCCACGCCGAGCGGGUGGAGCUGGCCAGGUCAAGGGUUAUGUUUAAUGACCAGCAUCGACACGCCGGCCCCCGAAAGCCUUCUCUGCUAGAGUUUCCCAUUGUGAUAGAUUCAAGUUAAUUCUCAUCUAUUUUUUAUCAUUCAGAAUAUUUCUGUAGUAUGAUGGAGGUAGUGAAUAGAAAUGUGAAAUGAAGUUUCCUUGCCACCUCUAAUGUCCACUUAUAAGUCUGUCUUUUUCUGUAUUUGUCUGUUAUGUUAUUCAAUAAUAAAACUUUAAAUCCUUUAUAA